AUGGAGAUAAAGCUGGAGUGGAUUCUCGGAAAUGAUGCACUCUUUCAUGCCAAUGCAGACGAUAGCUUCUUAAUCAGGAACCUAAAGUCAUCUACUCAUCACAGUGAGGUGGAGAUAGAGCCCUUAUGUGAACUUACUAAGCUUCCAUGGGAUGCUCAGAUCAUGGUCUUCCAAGAUGUGAGAAGUCGUUUUGAGCAAGAUUCUAGGGUUGUUCGGUCUAUGUCACCCAGUAAAUUUCUUGAGACACUUAUCAUUCUUGAAGAAUGCUCACGAAAGAAAUAG